UUAAUUUUGAAAUUAAAAUGCCCAGUAUCAAUUCCUCUACAACUAACAACAUAGAAUAUCAAACUUAUAAUCGUUCAUUCUUUCCUUUUUCCCUCCUAAACAGAAUUUGUUCAACAAGGAUUUUAUUAUUUGCUCUUCCAUCUUCAUUAUUUUUAGCUCUUUUAGUAUUAAUAUCAUUUACAACACAAAUAAAUAUUGGAGAUACACUAGUUUCUGUUGGAUCUUCUCCAUUAAGAAUGACUAGAAAUAUUCAAGAAGAUCCAAAUAAUGUUAGAGGAUCAGAACGCCCGCUGCGUGUAAUGACUUUCAAUCUUUGGGUAUCUGGAGCCAAUGUAAAAGACGGACUUGAAAAGAUAGCAAAACAUAUAAAUAAAGUAAACCCGGACAUAGUGGCGCUUCAAGAAGUAAGGACUUUAGAAACAGCUGAAAAAUUAAUCGAACUUCUUGAACCAGCAAAAUGGCAAUAUCGUCAACAUCCAUUAGUUUUAUAUCCAGACACUGCAAUUCUAACAAAGCACCAAUUUAUCGAUGAUCAACAAUAUUUACAUUUACAGUUUGUUGUUAAACAAAAUAUUUCUUCAGAUUAUUCCUUACAAAAACGACAAAAUGAAGAUGAAGAAUCUAAAAAUUCUAGUACAAAUCCUAGUAUAACAACAUAUGGUAUGGGAGCAUCUAUUUGGUUAAAAGAAGAUGAUCCAGAAAAGAAGCAUCUGAUUAAUUUUGUAAGUCUGCAUUUAGAUUGGCGAGCGUAUGGUCCUUAUGCGGCAAACAAUAAAAAAGUGAAUGAAACUACACAAAUUAUGGCUGGUGAACGUAACAAUCAAGGAUAUGGAAGAGCACAAAACAUUGAACAACUUCUUGGCAAUGAAAUCUUUAAAAGAUACAUGAAAAAUGCUGAAACACAACCACUUAUUGUAGCAGGUGAUUUCAAUUCACCUUCGCAUUUGGACUGGGUCGAGGAGACAAAAGAUAUUCAUGGUGGUUGGACCUUUGAAUGGCCAGCAACAAAAUUAAUUAUGGAUGCUGGAUUAAACGAUUCAUUUCGUGCUCUCUAUCCAGACCCAAUUAAAGAACCAGGAAUAACUUGGUCAACAGUACAAAAAACUAGUGGACCAGAUUGGGAUUGGACUAUUCCAGAACCACAAGAUCGAAUAGAUUUUAUUUUUUAUAAACCUAAUGAGCAUUUUUGGCCUACAAAUUCACAAAUAUAUUCUGGUAAAGAAAUAUUAAAACCGAUGCCUGAGCAUUACAAUAAUGAUUGGCCAUCUGAUCACUUUGCAGUUAUUAGUGAAUUUGUAAUAAAUUUUAAAGUUGAAAAGAAGAAAGAUAAGACAAAGGAAGAAGGUGAAGAAAUGGAAGAAAAAACUAAUUAUUAUUAUGAAAAAAAUAAUGAAAACAAUUCAGAUAGCGCUUUAACUUUAAUUAAUAGCCCAGAAAUGACAAAUUUUUCUUAA